AUGAUUCACGACAUCCGCAUACAACCAUCGAAAAUAACGAUAUCCACGAAAUCACAGACGACGACAUGGACAAUGGCAACCAUCCAGAAUCGCAGAGCCGAGGGGGCGAAGGCGACGUCGAUAGCAUUCUUUAUACGGGCGCUCGCGCUCCUCUGUGCGUGUUCGCUCAGCGUUGGAAGCCACUAUGCAUCAUAUACGCUCGCGCCCCUCAAGUCCCGUCUUGAGAGAGAGCUGGGUACAUCAAACACCGAGUUCAGUCUCCUCAUAUCGGCCUUUAGUCUCAACAGCACAUGGACGCCUCUCGUGGGCGGCGUUCUCGCUAGCAAGCUCGGGACGACAUAUACGAGCAUACUUGCUACAGGCGUCAUCUUUACCGGACAGGCCCUCCUUCUACUUGGCGACGUAAAUGAAAACGUCCGCCUCAUGGCCUUUGGGCUAUUCAUCUUCGGCCUCGGUGUGAGUCCCCUCUCAGUCGUCCAAGAAACUAUCAUCGUCCGUUUCUUCAAGUCCCACGGCCUCGGCAUGUCCAUGGCUCUAGGGCUCGUCGCAGGCAAAUGCGCAUCCUUCGUCUCCGCGCGCACCUCUUUCCCACUCUCCGAGCGCUUCGGUCGACAUGCACCCUUCUAUGCCUCCACCGCCCUCGCCGCGUUCUCUGUCCUCGUUAAUCUGGUUUAUAUCAUGGCAAGCAGAUGGCUUGUCCAAAGCUCGGGGACCGAGCUGGAAGCUGCUGAGCUUCACCAGGAGGCGAACAGGCGCUCGUUAUAUGACAUCUCAGAGGCAAAGGCUCUGAAAGAGGUAGCAGAGAAACGGAGGGUGAAGCUGAGGGAGGUAUCUAACCUGGGCGAUAUUUUUUGGGCGUAUAUGGGGGUUAACGUCCUUUGUGGUACCGUAUGGCAUCCCUUUACUCAUCUCGCAGCAAAUAUCUUUCAGCGGCGCUACGAUCUAACAGAGUCGGAGGCAGGAAAGCAGGGUUCGUACCUAUUAGCCGGGAGCAUGGUACUCUAUCCACUCUGCGGAUUUGCGGUCGACCGCCUCAAAUACCGCCAAAUUAUUCUCCGCCUCUUCGCCUUGUCCUCAAUGCUCACCAUGUUCUGUUACGCUUGGCUUGCACUACCUCCGAGAUGGACUGGAACGCCGGCACCGGCAGUGCUAUCGUUCGCUUCUGGUAUUGGAUUCUCACCUUUGCUACUAGUCGUCAUGGUUCCCCAGCUCGUCCCUCUCAGAUACGUCUCCACGACUUUAGGAGCUCACAAAGCCCUCGAACAAACAGGAUCAACGAUAUUCCAGACCUUCGCUGGCCUCGCCCUCGACAGCAAUGCCAAGCCAAGAAAUACAGGCUCGACGCAGCUCCUCCUCAAUUCAUUCGUCCUGUUCAAUAUCUUUCAGUUCAUGAGCGUCCUAGGCCUGACAUAUCUCGAUCGGCAGCGUAAGAAGGCGGCUGACGCGCUUGCAGGCCCGCCGAAACUCUCUGUCGUCAACCCUGAUCUCGACCUUGUAGAUGUAGAUGUAGAUGCAGAUGCAGUCGCAGACGAAAAUGAAGAUGAACAGAGACGACCUCUCUUAACUUCAUCCGCGCGCACUGCCAGCACCACAGUGGCUUCGGGAAGAGGAGAAGCUGCACUCGCGCUCGCAAUAGGAGUGCCGGUCACUCCGGGUGAGAUAAAGAGGGGCAGGUUCUUCGCGAAGGCAUGUGCGGGGCUAGUCAGUUUCGCGUGGGUGUUAUUCCUUGUGACUGCGUGGUUGAGGCUGAGAUCCAAGGAGGAGAGGGGACUUCAUGAGGAUGGGGUGAGGAGGUGGGUUGAGGGAUUAAAAAUGAUGAUGCGGUGAUGUUUAGGGGGCUGAUGUGGUAAUGGCAGGGAAAUUGAUUAGGGUGUACUCCAUCACUGCAUAACUAUUCCACUGCAUAACUAUUCGUAUUCAUGUAUGUAUUGUAUCUUGGAAGCACAUGCGCUUUC